AGCGCAUGCAUUAGUCCUCCAUCCUCAGAGAUCCCUGACAAUGGAGAAGGGCCGUUCCGCGGAGGUUCGGGUGGCCCACUCCCCGUUCCCGUGAUAGACGAAGCCACGGCAUUUUCCGCUGACAGAGCUUCUGUUAGACUUGGCAUAUGAAUCGUGGCGAACAACACCCAUGCCGCGUUUGGAAGCUUGCCAACGAUGCAAACAUUACUGGGUUUUUCUGCCUUUUUGGUGAUGUCGACUGCACCUGCUCGGGCCAUGGGGCAAUUGUCGUCCGAAUUGGUCAUACAAAUGUUCUAUUCGACGCACACUACCAGAAGAGAAAGCAGAAUGGGCAGCUCACCUUCUCCAAGCCAGACUCGGAACGGUACCGAAAGCACUGAGCAGCCCGUCGUCCGUCGUAUCGCACAGCCCGGAGACGCAAUACUCAGUGGUAGAGUAGCAAUUGUUAUGAACCAAGCUGGUGGACAAGUCCCUGGGCUUCGGAGCGUCGGAGAGUCGUCUCCUCCGAGUGUCAUGCGCGGACCAUUGUUUUCCAGGCCUGGGGUGAAGUUGGUCUUGCAACCCCGGCAGAGAUGGCCAGAAGGAGGAUUAUUCCUCGUUCUCAUAUGGGGCCGAUCUGGUGACCACACCACUUCUCCACCGCUGUUAUCAGAGCAGAGACGAUGUUUUGAGCAUGCAGGACGUUAUUGAUAACCCCACCCAAGACGACUAGUCAAAGCUACUUGAGAUCAAGAAGGCGUAACACGGUGGGGCAGAUUCAUAAUUUGCCCUACUAAUCUUUGCGGCCAUCUAAAGCGAGAAUAGGGUGGCCAGAAUGGUAGAGAUUGGCGGUGGCGAUGCUGUUAGGUACGGUCAAUGGUCAAUGUUGGGUCUUCGUACUACCAUCUGACCGGCAUGAUUCUUUUCAGG